GAUAAGUUGAAGAAACAUGGCGACGUCUAAUUUGUUAAAGAACAAAGGGUCCCUGCAGUUUGAGGACAAGUGGGAUCUGAUGCGGCCCAUCGUUCUCAAGCUGCUGAGACAGGAGGCCGUCACCAAGCAACAGUGGUUCGACUUGUUCUCAGAUGUCCAUGCUGUUUGUUUAUGGGAUGAUAAAGGACCAGCAAAAAUCCAUCAAGCCCUAAAAGAGGAUAUCUUAGAUUUUAUCAAACAAGCACAGAAUCGUGUGCUGAGCCACCAGGACGACACAGCGCUGCUCAAGGCCUACAUUGUAGAGUGGAGGAAGUUCUUCACCCAGUGCGACAUCCUGCCGAAACCCUUCUGUCAGCUGGAGAUCACGCUGAUGGGCAAACAGGGGAGCAACAAGAAAACAAACAUGGAGGACAGCAUCGUUCGCAAGCUGAUGCUUGACACGUGGAACGAGUCGAUCUUUUCCAACAUUAAGAGUCGCCUUCAGGACAGCGCCAUGAAGCUGGUGCAUGCAGAGCGGCAGGGGGAGGCUUUCGAUUCCCAGCUCGUCAUAGGUGUACGAGAGUCUUAUGUGAACCUGUGUUCCAACCCAGAGGACAAGUUGCAGAUCUACAGAGAUAACUUUGAGAAAGCAUACCUCGACUCCACGGAGAGGUUUUACAGAACACAAGCACCGUCCUACCUGCAGCAGAACGGCGUCCAGAACUACAUGAAAUAUGCAGACACAAAGCUGAGAGAAGAGGAGAAGAGAGCACUUAGAUAUUUAGAGACACGUCGUGAAUGUAACUCUGUUCAAGCACUUAUGGAGUGUUGUGUAAAUGCUCUGGUAACCUCUUUCAAAGAGACGAUCCUCGCUGAAUGUCCCGGGAUGAUCAAACGAAAUGAAACAGACAGGCUGCACCUCAUGUUUUCUUUAAUGGACAAAGUUCCCAGCGGGAUCGAGCCGAUGCUGAAAGACCUGGAAGAACAUAUUCUCAAUGCUGGACUAGCAGACAUGGUGGCUGCUGCUGAGACUAUCACUACUGACUCCGAGAAGUACGUGGAGCAGUUGUUAACUUUGUUUAACCGCUUCAGUAAGCUUGUAAAGGAGGCCUUUCAGGACGACCCUCGCUUCCUCACAGCAAGAGAUAAGGCCUAUAAAACUGUUGUCAACGACGCCACAAUCUUUAAACUGGAGCUACCUUUGAAACAGAAAGGUGUGGGUAUGAAAACCCAGCCUGAGUCAAAGUGUCCUGAGCUGCUAGCAAACUACUGUGAUAUGCUGCUGAGAAAAACUCCUCUAAGCAAGAAACUCACCUCUGAAGAAAUCGAGCUGAAACUCAAAGAAGUGCUCUUGGUGUUGAAGUACGUCCAGAAUAAAGAUGUGUUCAUGCGUUACCACAAAGCUCACCUGACCAGACGUCUGAUUCUGGACAUAUCUGCAGACAGCGAGAUUGAAGAGAACAUGGUGGAGUGGCUGAGGGAAGUAGGAAUGCCUGCAGAUUAUGUGAACAAGCUGGCCAGGAUGUUUCAGGACAUCAAGGUCUCAGAGGACCUCAAUCAGGUCUUUAAGGAGGUCCACAAACACAACAGGCUGGCCCUGCCAGCGGACAGUGUGAACAUUAAGAUCCUGAAUGCCGGUGCUUGGUCAAGAAGCAGUGAGAAAGUUUUUGUCUCUCUGCCCACCGAGCUGGAGGAUCUGAUCCCUGAGGUGGAAGACUUCUACAAGAGAAAUCACAGCGGUCGCAAACUCCACUGGCAUCACCUCAUGUCCAAUGGCAUUAUCACCUUUAAAAACGAGGUUGGACAGUACGACCUGGAGGUGACGACGUUCCAGCUGGCCGUGUUGUUCGCCUGGAACCAGCGACCCAGAGAGAGAAUAACCUUUGAGAACCUGAAACUAGCCACGGAGCUGCCAGACGCAGAGCUACGCCGAACACUUUGGUCUCUGGUUGCCUUCCCCAAGCUGAAGAGACAGGUGUUGUCUUAUGACCCUUCAGUUAGCUCCCCCAAAGACUUCACAGACAGCACGCUCUUCUAUGUCAACCAGGAGUUCUCACUCAUAAAAAACUCCAAGGUCCAGAAGCGAGGAAAGAUCAAUCUGAUUGGUCGACUGCAACUGACCACAGAGCGGAUGAGAGAGGAGGAGAACGAAGGAAUCGUUCAGCUUAGAAUACUCAGAACUCAGGAGGCUAUCAUUCAAAUCAUGAAGAUGAGGAAGAGGAUUAGUAAUGCUCAGCUGCAGACAGAGCUGGUGGAGAUCCUGAAGAACAUGUUUCUGCCUCAGAAGAAGAUGAUCAAGGAGCAGAUCGAGUGGCUUAUCGAACAUAAGUACAUAAAGAGGGACGAGACUGACAUCAACACCUUCAUCUACAUGGCCUAGGCAAGCAGGGAGGGAGGGAGCGCUUUCUUGCUCUGUUUUUUUUACUCCUGGCCCCGAGACCAGCGCUUUAAUUAAAAAAAAACCUCUAAAGGGACAGGGAGGACGAACAAGAGGAUGUGUUUGAGGCAAACGAUGGUGAUGAUACAAAAGGGAGUGAGAAGGAGCUUCUCCAGCAGAGGUUUGGAUAGUGUUUUGUGUUUGUGAGACACAACUUAGUUAUCGGAGUGUCUUUUCAAAGCGUAGAUUUUGAGUCAUCGGAGUGUCUGUUUGUCUCUGCUGCUGUCUCGUGUCAAUCAGAGGAAAGGGACUGCAGAGUGUGCCGCUCAGAAGAAAAAAAUCAUAGUGACGUAAUUCAAUUAAAUACUUCCUGCCUUACUUUCAUCAGCAACAGACUGCAAAAGAGGAAGAAGGAGUAUUGAGGAUGGAAAAGGAGGACAAAUGUUACAAGUAGAUAUCAAACCUUUGCUUUCACUAAAUGCCACAUCUGCCAUCUUAACAGCAGCCAUUUUGCAACCCUUCUACUUUACAUCGGUCUUGUUUCUGAACUGGGAAUGCAAAAAAAAUCUGCAAGCGAGAGUUGCCAUUCAGGAGGCGAGGACAUGGACGGAGAGAAUACUUAAAACUACCGAGGAGUAUUUUGCCAAAUUGUGUGUUUGUAUAUGUGUGAUUAAAGGUGUGAUUGUGUGUGGAUGUGUGAUAUGCAUCUAGUCUUUUAGAUGUGUGUGUGUGUGUGUGUGUGUGUGUGUGUGUGUGUGUGUGUGUG